GGAGCAGACUCACCCACCCUGGCAGGAAUCCCUUGGCUUGAAGCUCGGAUAACAAAGGCAGAUUGGAAAUUGCCUUCAUUCCAGCAGCAUCCUCAGCUUGUACCAGUGUUAGUGCGGUCUCCAGAGGCGCUCAGACAUGGAGCUCGAAUUUGGCCACUUUGACGAAAGGGAUAAGACCAGGAAUGCGCGAACAUCUCGAAUGAAUGGAUUGCCCAGUCCGACACACAGUGCCCACUGCAGCUUCUACAGAACCCGCACUUUGCAAGCUCUCAGCAAUGAAAAGAAAGCGAAAAAGGUCCGGUUCUAUCGUAAUGGAGAUCGAUAUUUCAAGGGAAUAGUGUAUGCUGUGUCUCCUGACCGAUUCCGAAGUUUUGAUGCCCUGCUGGCUGACCUGACUAGGUCACUCUCUGAUAAUAUUAAUUUGCCCCAGGGUGUUCGCUACAUCUACACAAUCGAUGGAAUGAACAAAAUCAGCAGUAUGGAUGAACUUGAGGAAGGAGAGAGCUAUGUUUGUUCAUCUGACAACUUUUUCAAGAGACUGGAAUACACAAAGAAUGUCAACCCUAACUGGUCAGUGAAUGUGAAGACUUCAGGCGGUCAGAAGAGUCCACAGUCCUUGGGUAGCUGCACCAACUCUCAGUCCAGGGAGAACAAGGACUUUGUCCGUCCCAAGUUGGUAACUAUCAUUCGUAGUGGAGUAAAGCCUCGUAAGGCUGUGCGUGUCCUGCUCAACAAGAAGACAGCCCAUUCCUUUGAACAAGUCCUCGCCGAUAUCACUGAUGCCAUUAAAUUGGAGACUGGAGUAGUGAAGAAGCUGUACACCUUGGAUGGAAAACAGGUGACCUGUCUUCAUGAUUUCUUUGGUGAGGAUGAUGUAUUUAUUGCCUGUGGCCCAGAAAAAUUUAGAUAUGCUCAAGAUGACUUCUCCCUGGAUGAAAAUGAGUGCCGUGUGAUGAAAGGAAAUCCACCACAGACUGUACCUAAAACUGGUUCUAGCGCUCUAAAAAGUUCUGCCAAGAGCCCAGCACCAACACGUCGCAGCAAAUCUCCUGCGGACUCAGCUAAUGGAACUUCAAGCAGUCAGUUAUCCACACCCAAAUCCAAGCAGUCUCCAAUCUCUACCCCAACCAGUCCUGGAAGUCUUCGUAAGCACAAGGUAGAUCUGUACCUUCCCCUGUCUCUGGAUGACUCUGAUUCUCUUGGAGAUUCCAUGUAAAGAGUAGUAGUGUUAUGUAUCCCCCACCAGGAGGAUCAUACAGCAGAACAGAUCAGACCGGCACGAUGGUGCUUUUUAAGAUCCAAUUACAGCUUUCACUGUUAUUUUUAUUUUUAUGUGAUUUAUAGUUUGUGUCAUGAAUUACAUGUGACCCAACCUGACAGGGAUAACCAACUGUUUUAUAGUGAUGAAGCAGGCUUCAAAAUUACGUACUGUAUGCAUGUGUGUCAUUCUUGAGUUGACCCUGGUAUCAAACAUGGUGCUUCUAUUGACUGUAAAAGAAGGCAGCAAUCACCAGCUUUUCUGAAUUCUCAUUCUAACAAUCCAAGCACAUGUAGGGUAUACUAGGAAAUGUGGAGAGUAUGUCGUGGAUCAUUUUGUAUGUUUUUAUAUUGAUAACCAAGAUUCCCGUUUUACAUUCUGUAAUGAGAAUUGAGAUUAGGUGACUCAAUGACUUGCAAGUUUUUAAGUAAACAGACUAGACAAUGUUCUUAAAUAUGAAGAUUCAUGCCUGGCACAUAGAAUUAGAAAUUAACAUGAUUACGCUCCAGUCUUUGGGAGGAAUUUGCAACAAAUUUUGGUUAUUGUUGUAUAUGAGCAUUCCAACCAGAUAUCAGUGAACACACAAAAUAGAACAAUAAACCCCUCCUUAAAGUUCACCUGUCAUUGAACCGAAUACAAUGAACAGUUAACAUUUUUAUAUUUACACAGAUGUCUGAUUUGGGAAGUCAGAUUAAUAAGCGGAAAAUAUUUCUUAAUACAGUUCUGGGAGUGACUGACACAGACACCAGAUGGCCUCCUUACUUCCUCAGCACAAUCUCAGUCCCAUUUCUUACAAUGGUUUUGCCUGUCACAUGUUAUUAGAAUCUCGAUUCUUGUCUAGCCCCAACCACCAAUGACUCCCCACUUCAGCAGCAGAUGGCUAUAAUCUCCUCAUAAUAGCACACAAAUCUGAGCAUUAUUAAUUAAUAGUUUUUUAUUUUAUUUAUUAUGCUUUUAAUUAUUAUUAGACUCCUCCUCGCAUUACGGGCACAGAGUUAUUCUAAUGGUAAUGACCAAUUGAUCACCCCAACAUUUUUGGAAACGCAACACAACCAAACCCUGUGAGAGAGUAAUAUUUCCUGGUAAUCCAAAUCUACAGUCAGAAUUUAUAGAACUGUAGAAUAAUAAACUUUAAACUAAAAAAGAGGCAGCUUUUGCAUAUAAAGUACUCUGAAACUGAGAAUAUUUGUUUAAUUCUAAAUGAUGAAUUCAUUGUUAUGCAGCUGUAUAUAGAAAAGGAGUGUAAAGAUUCAGUCAAUCCAGAUAUAAAUAACUUACUACAUUGCAUGUUAGGGUCUACUACAUUUUAAACAACAAGAAAAAACGUGGUCUCAAAAAGCAGAAGAUGGUCAACCCCAAAUGCAGUUGAGCAUUUAUGCUGGGGAAGCAGAUCCUGCCCUUGUGGUCUGCUGCUAAGGGCGAUCCCCAGCAUAAAAAUGUAUACAAUGGGGGAUGCCUGCUGCAGACUUCAAGUGCCACAAUAGAAUCCUACACCAGAUGAAAGGUGUGGAUGUGUAACAUAUAGAGUACUAAAUAAAUUUAGGUGCACUACUGUGGUAGAUGUAAACAGUGACAUAUGGCUAACCCUCAAAUGGCUAACCCUCAAACUGAUGUUAAAAUUGAGACAUUAGCCAGUAUAUCCUUAUACGAAGGACAUACCUGAGUCUGCACACCAACAUCAAGGUUUCUCAGGUGGCACGGGACCUAACACUAUGCCUACCUGUGCCGUAUGGGCAAUACCAGGGGACAGUGGGCAAUUACAGCAGCAUUGGGUCCGACUCAAUAUCUAAUACAGUUUAGAAAAUAUCUAGUGUUCUGCAUAUGAGUUUCUUUGACUAUAGAAUGCUGGUUUACCAUGUAAUUGUAAUAUCCUAAUAACAGGAAACAUAUACUGCCUUAAUUUAUAUUGUACAUCUGGUGCUUUUCAACAAACCUGCCAUUUUGUUAGUAGUAGCAUAUUCUGAACAUCCUAUAUUGUUUAGUGGAUGUUGCUACAAGUGCCUUACUGUCAUAUGAAUCAAAGCAGGGUAUAUAUUCAUAAGGUCCAUAAUAAGGUCUAUGCUACACUGUGACUUACUACUGCAAGUCAGGAGAUGGCAUAAGUAUUGCCCAUGCAGCAAAAAAAGAACAUGCUGUGUGGUCAGACAUGUUUCCUGUUGAUGUUGGUUGACCUGACCUAUAUGUUAUGGUCAUAGUAUGUUCUACUAAAUGGCCAUUUACCUUGUGCCCACCCUUAGCCACUUGCAUUGCAGCUCAGUGUAACAGAACUGCAUUGAUUUAAUUUUGGCUCAUUUCUAGAACAGAAGUUGUUGUUAUAUCAGCAGUAUAGUCUCUAAUACUUACAUGUCCCAGUCACUCUUGAAAACACUGAUUCUUUCUUUCCAUUUACCAGAAUGUUUUUGUAACCUUUUUUAUAACAUUUAAUUUUGGAAUGUUAUUUAUCCGAAACACAUUUUACAACUUGAAGUUUUUUCAUUUUUGCUGAAUUUUUAGUGAGAAAAUCAGUUUUUUCAAAUCUGCUUCAAUAUUUUAAACUAUUUUGAUAUUUGCUGUGUAAGAAAUAUCAAUAAUGAUGCUGUACAUCAGUACUCUUUUUACUAACAGUACCUUACGAUAGUUACAUUUCAAUUUUUAAAAGAUAUUGUUCUCUUUGUAUUUGCAGUUACUUAUGUACUAAGUACAGUAGGUUCUUGCAACUAUUCUCAUACUGGCAGCUACAGUCAUACAUAUCUGACUUUUCUGACAUUUUCUAGCUCUGGCCUUGGCCUUUGAGGCCAUUACCAGUAAAACUUUCCAGCAUGGAAGAGGUUACAGAGUAAUUAGAUUGUUUGCCUCUGCAGGGUCCCCUAGGACAAUUGAUGAAUGAAUGUCGGAUGUAGUGAUCUAAUUUUCUGCUGAAUGGUUUAACCACUGACUUUUCGGUAUUAUUUAUCCAUUGCUUCAGCAUCAAUGUUGAGUCAUAGCCGCUCUGUUUUGAUUUCAGAUAUAAGGAUUUGAUCAGUUUGACUGGGCUUACACAA